AUGAGUGAAGAAAAAAUUACCUCUGAUGAUCUCAUUUUCCAAUAUGGCAUUGAAGAAGGUGAUAAUGUUGAUUGGGAGAAGGUAGCCAAGAUGAUUGGACCAUCAGUUACCGCGGAACAAGUCAAAAAUAGAUUUAAUCAGCUUUGUUACAACAUGGCAAGAUGGUCAGAAGAAGAAAUCAGGAUCCUUAAAGAACUUAAAGGAAUACAAAACAAGUCUGAAAGGAAAGCGCGCAUUCAAGAACAUUUUCCAAACAGAUCUUACAAAUCCUGCAUUGUUAAACUGAAUAGGUUAUAA